AUGGACUCACCACGCAGCCACCUGGGCUCGCCGGGCGGGCCCCUCAAUCCAAUAACGCCCGACCGCGCCAACCGCGAGUCUACCUUUAUGGCGUCGCUGCGAAGUGACCUCCGCUCCAGCCCUGUCCACGAUAAGAUCAGCCAGUUCAACACCCUCGCCAUGCAGUCCAAGUCGCUCGAGCGCAAGACGGCCGACGCCGCCCUCAAGCGAGCCAUGCUCGGCCGCGAGGAGGCCGAGGGCGAGAUGCGUCGCUACCGAGACGAGACCAAGGUCCUGCGUGUCCAGCUCGAAAAGGCCCGCGACCGCGAGAUGCGCGUCAGCGAGCGCCUCGAGGCUGUCAUGGAACAACACGGCCGCGCCAAGGAGACGUACGCCCACACCAAGGCCGCCUGGGAGAAGGAAAUCAAGCACGCCCGCAAAAAGACGUUCAAAAACGACGCCGCCAUCAUCAAGCUCCAGGAAGAACUCAAGGCCGCCCGCGACGGCUGGCGCUCCGUCUCCGACCACCUCGACAACGAAAAGGCCCGCAGCAAGGCCCGCGAGCAAGAGGCCUUUGCCGCCCGCUACCAGAUGGUCAGCCUCGAGGAGAAGCUCGGCGAGGCCCUCGAGCGCAUCAAGGUCCUCGAGCAGGAGCGCGACGCCAUGCGCAUGGAGCGCGACACCUUCCGCGACCUCGCCAAGGAGGAAGAGGUCGCCCGCAUCGCCGCCGAGGGCCGCAUCCCGCUGCCCAAGAACGAAGACCACGACGACGAGUUUGCGUCGCCGAGGAAGAAGAAGCCCAGGGUCUCGCUGUCGACGGCCGACGUCGUCUCGAGCGCCGCCAGCGAGGCCGAGUUUGAGGAGAUGAUGCGCAAGAUGGAGUGGGAGCACCAGCGCGCCGAGCGCGCCUACGAGACCAUUGACUUUCUCAAGGCAGAGUGCCAGCUCAAGGCGUGCGAGGGCGCCCGGUCGCUCAAGAGGAAGAGCAUGAUGUCGCCUCGGCGCAUCCUCGUCGCGCCACAGGACGUCACCGGCCCCGCCGAGAUGGCCAUUUUCGGCCUCACCCCCAAGUCCGCCUCGCCGACACGACCCUCCUCUCGGGACUCCGCGUCUACAUUCAAAAAGCCAGAACGUCCUGCCGUCAGGAAGCGAAGCCAGCCCCGACGCAGCACCAUCUUCAACCCGGAGGAGGGGACGUUCCGUACCGUCUCACAAGAGGAGGCCCAGGUCUUGGCGGCGACAGAAGGCGCGGCCAUGCACAUUAUGGAGCAGGAUGCCGAGGAAUCGACGGAAGAGCAAGUCGUGGAAGAGAUCGACAUGCAGAUGGAGGACCUGGUCGACGUCGCCGUGCAACCUGAGGAGCACGCUACUCAGAUCGAAAAGCAACUAGAAGUCCAGGUGGACGACGCCAGCGAGCCGGCUAGUCCUGUAGACGCACCCUCAGAACGUCGCAUGUACGCGCGCACCCCCUCCGUCGAGCCUCCCGCCUUUGCCCUCCUCGCCCAGGAGCGCAUGUCGUUAGCCUCUCUGCUCAACGCGCCCCACGGCGAUGCACACACCGCUCCGCUUCCCAGCAUACCUACUGUGCCCGACGAGGUCGGACAGGCCGAGGAAGAAGAUGAAGAAGAAGAACAAGAAGAAGAACCAGCGGAAGUCAGGGAAACCCAAAAACCAGAGGCGCCAAAACCCGCCUCACCGCCGAGGAAGCGCUCACCGCGCAGCUCAACAACAUCCGUCGCCACGAGCUACCGCACCUCGACGACGACAACGACGAUUCCCAUCUACGACGAAAACGAACGGCCGGCAUCUCGCUUCGCCCGCUGCCGCACCCCCUCGGGCGAGUCUCACUCGUCCUUCGACGUCAACAACCCGGCCAUGACGCCGACCAUGACGCGCGAGGAGGCCCUCGCCCGCAUCCGCGAGCGCCGCGGCCGCGCCCGCAGCGCCGCCCAGGGCGCCGUGACGCCCCGGCUCAAGAUGGUCGAGGGCGCCGGCGAGAGGCGCGACCUCAGCGCGCCGCAGCCCCAGGCGAAACCCACGAGCAUGAGCAAGGCGGCGGGGCGGGUCCGUCACGCGCGGUGA